AUGAGCAGGAAAUUAUUUGCUUUUCCUUGUUCAUUGCUGACACAAAGACAUAAUCAUCAUAAACGAACGUAUCUUAAUUUUACUAAUAAGUUAAAAAGAUUUUCGAUUGAUGAAACUCAUCAUAAAGGAUAUAGUAAUCAUUUAAAAGAUGGUGAUGAUGAUAGUAAUAAACGGAAAUUACCAAAGAUGCUAUUGUCAUCGUCGUAUCUGUUGUCAAGUUCCCUUGAAACAGUACAAUCACCGGCACCACCAAAUACACCAGCAAUAGAGUUUUCUUUUUGGAAGUUGGCGUUAGUGUUUGUGGGAGUUCCUUUUUGCGUGUAUCUCUACAAGUGCGCAGUUCUAAUCCUAUUCCAAAACAAGUUAAUAUAUAUGCCUUAUUUCCCACCUGGAUCUCGUAGCGAAUUACUUAAUGUAUCAACGAUAGACAAGAGAUUAAUAUGCAAACAAAUUGAAAUUUUAACAAAAGAUCGGUGUAAACUUUCAGGGGUUUUUAUUCGUAACAAGCCACUUAAUUAUGAAGAUCACGGAAAUACAAGUCCGUAUGGUGUUCGGGACACGGAUCCAAUAUUGAUUUAUUUUCAAGGCAAUGCAGGAAACGUAAUAGUUCGACUUCCCAUAUUUAUGUUGACACUUUUAUCAGCAAGGAAUGGUCAAUUAAGCAAUUUAACAAUAAUUGCACCAAGUUAUCGAGGUUAUUGGCAAUCAACCGGCAGACCAUCUGAACGUGGUCUUCAAUCAGAUGCUAUUGCCGUCUACGAAUACAUUCAUCAAAAUUUCCCUACAAAUCCACUUUAUCUUUAUGGUCAUUCAUUGGGAGGCAGUGUCGCAAUCUAUCUAGCGAAACAAAUCCAAGACUACAACAAUAAUCAUCAAUUACGAGGUAUAAUCCUUGAGAAUGUAUUCACCUCAAUCAAAGACAUGAUAGUCACAAUAUACCCACAAAAAUGGUUACCUUAUCGAUAUCUCAUCAACUUUCCAUUUCUGAUUAGAAAUAAGUGGGAUAACGUUACCAUGAUCCGGGAGAUCAAUGUCCCAAUCUUAUUCUUGUCGUCACGUAACGAUGAAAUUGUUCCGCAAAAACAAAUGCGUCAGUUGUAUUUGGUCGCGGAAAAGACACCGAAAAAAAUAUGGAAAGAGUUUAGGAAUGGAUUACAUCAGGAUACUUUUUUGCAGAAUGGAUAUUCAGAGGGAAUUAUUGAAUUUAUUAGAAAUACAUUGGAAAAAAUUUAA